AUGGCUGAAGCAGUAGCACCACGACAUCCUCUUCCUCACGGAAGUGAAACACAUGAAAUUUGCCUGAGUUUCCCGUCCAUGGUAAAUUCCUAUGGCAUAUGGGAAAGCCUGGCUUCUCCAUCAGAUAUUUUUCAAGUAUUCUUUACCUCUUUUAGAGAUACAGAUGCUCUUGAUAUUCGCAGUCACACAUCUCAUUUAUGCCAUCCUCAAGCCUCUUGGAAUCACUUUCUUUGCCUCACAAAUGCCGGCAUUAUCUUGGGCCCUACAAUAAUGAAGAAAGCAGGAGGAUUCACUGCCAAAGUGUAUACUCAGGAAGUAGGUAUUAAAAUGCUUGAUAAUGUAGCGAUCUUCGGUUUCGGCAUGUUUUUGUUUCUGAUGGGAGUGAAAAUGGACGUCAAGAUGGCAUUUAGGACAACAAGGAGAGCCACAGUGAUAGGCUUUGCCUCCGUUUUAUGUCCUUUUUUGGUUGGUUUAAUUGUUUACGAGGCCUACAAAAAACCUGAUGAAACUAUUGUGUUAAAAGUUGAACGCUUCUUGGGAAUAACUGUUGAAUCUUUAACAGCAUUUUCGGUGGUCGCGUGCCUUCUCAGCGAGCUCAAGAUUGUAAAUUCAGAACUGGGGCGCCUGGCUCUAUCGUCGGCAGCCAUAUGUGACUUGUGCAACUUAGUUAUAAUGUUCCUUAUUACCUUCGCAAAAAAUUGGAUUUUGUUGCCGUCAAUGGCGGUAAAGCAAGCAGGACUAAUGGUUCUUUUCAUCGUAGUUCUUUUUUGCGUGUUUCGUCCAUUGAUGUUUUGGAUGAUUAAACAAACACCGGAAGGAAGGCCGAUAAAUGAAGUACACAUUACAAUCAUCUUGAUGUUAGCUUUAGGGUGUGGCGUAUUUACCCAUUGGUACAAUGAAUCUCCUUUAUUCGGUGUUUUUCUCUUUGGUUUUGCUGUCCCCGACGGACCGCCCAUUGGAUCUGCCCUGGUAGACAAGUUUGAGUGUUUCGCCAACGGUUUCUUUCUAGUGGUUUUCGUAACCACAUCAACAAUGAGAGUUGAUCCAAUGAAAGUGUUCACUCAUGAGGCUGCAGUCGGAUUUUCAAUCAUUUUUCCCAUUCUGGCAUUCAUUACCAAGUUUAUAACCUGUUUCGUAGCUUCAUUUUGGAACACGACGACGUGGAGGGACUCAUUGGCUUUUGCUCUCAUCAUGAGCAGCAAAGGCGUGAUCUCAGAGAAAACUUUUAGUAAGUUUUCCAUUUUAAUUCUAGUAAAUGCAACUAUAAUCCCGAUCCUGGUGAAGCACCUUUACGACCCCGUUUCCAGAAAACAUGCGGUCCAUCAGAAAAGAAGCAUGGUGCACUUAAAACCCAAUGCUGAACUCCGAAUUCUCGCAUGUAUCCAUACACCUGAACAUGUCCAACCCUUGAUAGACGUGCUCGAUAUCACCUGCCCUACAAAACAGAGUCCUAAUUUUGUUUACGCCCUUCACCUCAUCCAACUUGCUGGUCGUGACUCUCCGGUUUUUAUAGCUCACCACAAAAAUGGAGCGGUGGGUUCCUUUGAACACAUUGUUGCUUUCAAUCAUUAUGAGCAAAACAAUUGGGGAUUGGUCAAAGUAAAUGCAUUCACAGCAAUCUCUCCGCCUAAACUCAUGCACGAGGAUAUCUGCAAUCUGGUCCUCGACAACCAAAUAUCCUUCCUACUUCUUCCAUUCCAUAGAAAGUGGUGUAUUGAAGGUUCUGUUGAAGCUGAAAACAGUGUGAUAAGGAACCUGAAUCGCAACGUCCUGGAUCGAGCCCCUUGCUCGAUAGGGAUUCUUGUUGACCGCGGGAGAAAACUGUCGUUGUCGAGGUCAUCGUUUUACUCCAUUGGCAUGCUCUUCAUAGGCGGCAAAGACGACCGGGAGGCUUUAACAUUAGCUAAACGCAUGGCCCGUGACCCUACCGUGAAGUUGACCGUCAUCCAUCUCCUUUCUGAAAAAGACCGCGGUAAUGUCGACUGGGACAUGAUGCUUGAUACUGAGAUAUUGAAAGGUGUCAAGCAAAAUGAAGUUAGUAACAUAAUGUAUAUAGGAGAAGUUUCGAACAAUGGACCGCAAACUGCGACUAUCGUUCGAUCGGUUAUGGAUGACUUUGACUUGAUGAUCGUCGGUAGACACUACGGGGUGGAUUCGGUCCAAACAAAGGGUUUAACGGAAUGGAGUGAAUUCCCAGAAUUAGGUAUUAUGGGAGACAUCCUUUCAUCCCCAGAUUUAGUUAGUAGGGUAUCUGUACUAAUUGUGCAGCAACAUCAUGUUGUCGUAGGUAAACAUUAG